AUGUCCCCCCUGCAGCGUCCCCAGCCAUCUCCUCCGGCCGAUGCCGGCAUCCGUCUUCCAGGUUCCGUUCACUGCGAGUGUUGGGACAUACGGGGGACAGAACCAGUGGGAAAUUCAAAAAUGUUAAAUAAAAUCUGAUAGUAUUACAUUACUGUAUCAAACCAUUUCACAUACAUUUUCCCGAGUGCUUUGUCCUGUGCCCUGCCUGCACUUUUACUGUUCUUUCUGCCUUGAAACUGAGAAACGUCCAUGGCGUCCAAAAAGUGUACCUUUAGGUCAAAAGCGGUUUCAGACCAGCUAGAGAACAGCGAUAGUAAAUCAGAACCACUUGCAGAAUUAA